AUGAAUGUCCCAAGUACAGGUGAGGACUAUCUCAUUUGGAAGCCUGACAGUUUUUGUAACAAUGCUAUUGAAACUACUGAUCAUCUGUUGGGUGAAUGUGAUUGUGCUAGAGCAAUCUGGAUGGAAGUUAAUGUUAAUAUUUCAGGGAUAUUGCAUGAGUUGAUGUGUACUAUUUGGUACACUUGGAAGGACAUGUGUAAUAUAGUCUUUCAGAAUACUAAGCCAAAUGCACAAGGAACUAUUAUAAGAAUUCAGUACUUAGUUCAGUUGUGUAAUGUCUCUAAUGGUAAUAAUAUCAUGAAUAGAACUAAUGAUAUGCAGAUAAAGCAGUGGAUACCACCUGAAUAUGGUUAUGUAAAAUGCAAUAUAACUGCUUCUUAUAUGCCUGACACUAAGAGAGGAAGUCUUGGACUGAUUGUGAGUGACUGUGCAGGUUUCACCCUAGGAGUCAAAGGUAUAAAUUUGGAGGAAAAAGUGGAUGAGGAAUAUGGAGCAGAAUACUUUGAAUGCAAAGCGCUGGAAAUGGCAGUGGAAUGGACAGAAUCUUUGAAGUAUAAUAAAGUAAUUUUUAAAAUUGACUGUGAAAAUGUGUUUCUUUCUCUCCAAAGAAAUGAAUCACAAGUUCACUGGUUUAAUCAGAAUACAAUUAUUUAUCUUAAGAACAAAUUUACUAGCAAUAAGCUUUGGUUUUGCAAGUUAGUCAAUAGGCUAGGUAAUAAUGUUGCUCAUAAUCUAACAAAGAAAGCUAGAACAACUGCAACUAAUUUUUGUUAUUUAUCAGAUUAUCCUCCUAACAUUGUCAAAUGGAUGGAAGAAUACUAUGUAAUUUUACAUAACAGAUAA